GUUUUUGUGAAGUUACAUUCUUGUUUCUUGUUUAUGCAGAAUACCAUUCUGUAUGUUCCAUUGUAACACCAAUUGAGGCUUGCGUUCCGGUUGGGUGUUGUACCACAAGCACAUUGAUUUGUAAUUUCUUUUUGGGGUAUUCUCGGUCGUGACUCUCGGCGUUUCUGUGUACAUGCACUUUCGGCGCCCUGCUGUCAUAAGGAAACUGCCCACUACGAAGCUGAAAGCCAGGGCUAGGGCUCCGACGUGCCGGUAAUGACUUGUAGUUUGGAGAUCUGGUUUGCUGUAUGCCACUUUGACUGUACGCCCGCGCUAAAGCUCGGUAUCAAUAUGGACACCCGGGGGGAGCCCGGGGGGCUCAGGUUGGUUAACUAGGGCUGGACCGGGCCAGAGAGGAAACUCAACAGCCAGAAAAGUCCCGUGGAGUUGUGAUGGGAUCGCGCAUAAAGAAUGGGAGCUGCUUUGGGGCAGACCUGAAGUCACCGGCGAUCCAAGCUACCGGCACGUUUACUACGACAACCCCGGCCCAGGGAGCAGUUUUAGGGGGGGAGGAAGAGCCAUGCCUCAUGGCUCGAAGUGGCUUAUCUCCCCUCUCCAAGGUCUUUGGAGUCGGCGGCAUCGAGACCCUGAUGAGACAGCAGGGCAGAAGGGCAGUCUGUGUGUGUCCGCCGGAGAGAACGACUCGAGGAGAAAGUCUGAAGGCAAGCACCAGUGUCAGGAUUUGUGAGUCUCUGAACAACAGUGGUCUUACAUGAUCGCAAUUUCAGAAGUCUCGUUGCUGUGUGAGCAGAUCCCAAUGACACGCCAGAUUGUGCAGCUAAACGUGCCAAAGAUUUCCUUGGACUUUUUU